GCAGCCGUACGGAGAGCGGUGCGCCGUCAGAGCACCUCUUCUCCGCGAGAGUACCAGAGGAAGGAAGGACCACCCACCAUGUCGGCAGUUACGGAGGUUCAGAACACAACAACCGAGGCCCUGGCCGGCCUGCUAGACGGGGGUGAAGGUGCCCUGGUGAUGCUUGUGGCGGGCGAGACGAGGGUGGCGGCUCACAGGGCUGUGUUGGCAGCCGCGAGCCCCGUGUUCGCAGCGAUGUUCGCGCACGACAUGCUGGAGGCCAGCUGCGGCCAGGUGAGCAUCGACGACGUGGAGGGCCCGGUGCUGAGGCUCCUGGUGGCCUACACGUAUACCCUGCAGGCCCCCCAGCUGCCCGACACGGCCCCCCAGUUGCUGGCAGCGGCCGAGAAAUACGGCUUGUCGGCCCUGAAGGCUGCCUGCGAGCGGCAGCUGAUCGCGCAGUUGGCCGUCGAGACCGCAGCGGCGACGGCCGUCAGGGCAGUGAGGCACUCGUGCCCGGACGCCACCAGGGCUGCCGUCGCCUUCAUAAAGGACCACCUGCAGGUGAUGGCCACGCGGGGCUGGGCGGACGCUUUGCUCGAGUACCCGCAAGAAGUCAUUGAAUUCUGUAGUAUGCUCGGUGAGCCACCAGCAGAAGCCAGCUCGCCGACCGCCACAGGGGGCGGAUCCACCCCCAACUCUGACCGUCAACCGCACAACGGCCACAGCCGGACUCCUGCUGCAGCUGCGCCUCCCACGUCUGCCCGACACACCCCUCCACCUGAUGACGCAGCCGUCUCUCGCUUCCGGAGCCUCUCUGCAGAGGAGAGGGGUAGGAGGCUGCUCCAGGCGGCUAAGCAGCAGGCAGUGGGGGAGCUGAGGGCGCUGAUCGCCGCAGGGGCCGACGUGGCGGCGAGGGACGGGAGUGGGCGGACCGCCCUGCACUGUGCAGCGGGCUGGGGAGACGUCGAGGCGGCGAGGCUGCUGGUGGGGGCGGGGGCGGCGGUGGACGCCAGGACUGACGGUGGGUGGACGCCGCUGCACUGUGCGGCAGCCAAUGGCCACGCAGAAGUGGCGGCUGCGCUGCUCGUCGCGGGGGCCGACAGGGGGGCCACAACUGGUUAUGGGGAGACAGCGCUGGACGUCGCUGUGCGGUGCAACCGGAGGCGGCUCGUGGAGAUGCUGUGAUGUGGCAGACAGUCCAACGAACUCUGUGCAAAAAGCAGGAACUGAAAGAGUUUGUAGGAGAGUAACAUUCAUAAUUUUUUAAAUAAAGAUCCAAAAAAACA